CUCUUGCAUUUCGCCACACCAAAAGAUAUAGACUUCUUCUACUUCUACUAAUAUCUUCUUCCUUGAUAUUUUCCCAAGGCUAUAUCAUGGGCAUUGUGACUAAUCAGACCGAGAUUCCUAGUGCAAUCCCCGCACCCAAGUUGUUCAAUGUGUUUCUCCUUGAUGCCCACAACACUUUCCCUAAGAUUCUGCCUCAGGCCAUUAAGAGUAUUGAGAUUAUUGAAGGAAAUGGAGGGCCUGGAAGCCUUAAGAAGACUACUUUUGCAGAAGGGAGCGAAGUCAAAUAUAUAAAGCACAAGCUUGAUUUGGUGGAUAAAGACAACUUCAUUUACAACUACACUGCUGUUGAAGGUGAUCCGUGGUUGGAAGGUCUAGAGAAAGUGUCUUAUGAGACCCAAAUAGUUCCUUCUCCUGACGGAGGAUCCAUCAGCAAGUGCACCACCAAGUACUACCCGAAGGGUGACAGCAAGCUCGACGUAGACAAAAUCAAGGAGGGCGAACAAAAAGCCUUGGGAUUGUUCAAGGCUGUUGAAGCCCACGUCUUAUCUAAUCCUGAUGCCUAUAACUAAAUUACCAGCGUGCUUUAUCUCACUACUUUUGGUACUUCUAAAGAGUGGCUAAUUGUUUUUUUGUUGUUGUUGUUUUCUUUUCAGGGCCAAAAGUUACUUUUGGCUUGAUAAUAAGAGUUUGAAGGUGUGUGUUGAUGGAUAGCUUGUAUUGUACCAUUGGGUUGGUGAGUAAUGCUAUGAUGAACUCAAAAUAAAUACUAAUUAUUAAUACUGAAACUUCUUUGCUUUUAUAAA